ACGGGGGGAGAUCAUAAUGACCCUUUGGUUAUUACAAUGGACAUCAAUGGAGCUGAUGUGGCCAGGGUCCUGGUUGACACAGGAAGCAGUGUCAAUGUUCUAUACUUGGAUGCUUUCAAGAAAUUGAAGCUGGACAGGCCUGGGAUCAACCAGGUCAGGGCUAUUAUUUCCAUGGCACACUUAUGCAUGAAGUUUUACACUCCCAAUGGAAUCGGGGAGGAAAGGGGUGAUCAAAAGAACGCCCGGUCCUGCUACCUGGAAGCAGUCAAGAAAAUGACCCGCCAAUUCGAACAAAUUGAUUUGGUCUCCCAGCAAGUAGACAAGGGAGAAGAGAAGGCUAGAAUCGAACCGGAUGCAAACACGGAGGAGAUCCAGAUUGAUUCCUCCAAUUCUGAGAGGAAGGUCAAGAUUGGAGCUGAUCUUCAGGAAGAGCUAAGGACUGAGAUUGUCCAGGUGUUGACCAG